GCGGCUGCAGCACAGUAACCACAGUUAUCCUCCUCCUCCUCCUCCGUGACCCUCCAUCCGUCUCCUCUUCUCUGCACCGACAACAAGCGCGUCAACUAACUUUUGCAUUCAGCUUUGGAUCCUUUAUUUGCCUCAUUUGAGCUGUUUGUGUCCUUAUUUCCAACUAUGACUGCGGAGAGAGUGCAUCAGAAGAGGUGACUGGCACACCAGCAGGAACAAGUGGGCCCCCAGAGCUGAACAAACCCAGAUAUUGGCACAUGAUGUGUUGACAUCUCUGAGUCUUUCCCCAUCUGUCACUACAAUGGAACUCUCUUUGCAGGGAUCCUCUUUAAAUGUAUCCAGACUGUUCCAUAACUCUAGCAAUGCCACUGGGAAUUACACCAGUGACCAACUGACUGAACUCAACCUCGUUGAAAUCCUGGGUCCAAAACGGUCUCCCUUUUUCUUCCCAGUGACUUGUGUUUACCUUCUUAUAUUUCUCAUUGGCUUGUCUGGAAAUCUGCUCACAUGUGCGGUGAUAGCGAAGCACAAGAAGAUGCGCAAUCCCACCAACUUUUACCUUGUGAGCCUGGCUGCGUCGGACCUCCUCGUGCUUUUGUUUGGGAUGCCCUUGGAGAUUUACGACCUGUGGCAGAACUACCCAUUCCCCUUUGGCGAGGGCGGCUGCUACUUCAAGACCUUCCUGUUUGAGACAGUCUGCUUUGCCUCCAUCCUCAAUGUCACGGCUCUCAGUGUGGAGAGGUACAUAGCUGUGGUGCAUCCGCUUAAAACACGAUACCUGUCGACCAACCAGCACGCCAAGCGUGUCAUCACCAUCGUGUGGGUGGUGUCGAUGGUGUGCGCGAUCCCCAACACCUCGCUACACGGCAUCUUCUACCUGCCAGAGAGGAUGGAGGAGUCAGCCAUAUGCACCGUGCUGAAGCCCUUGUGGAUAUAUAAUAUGGUCAUGCAGAUCACAACUGUGUGCUUCUAUUUUGUACCCAUGAUGGUGAUUAGCAUGCUGUACUUAGUGAUGGGCCUUCACUUGGGCAGAGAAAGACAGCAAUCCAGUGGGAGCCUGGGAAGGAACUGUUGUAGCAACACCAGAAGGAAGAUCAGGGUGGAGAACGGGCGCAGGAGACAAGUCAUCAAGAUGCUCUCGAUCGUGGUGGCAGUGUUUGGACUCUGCUGGGCACCUUUCCACAUUGAGCGGCUCCUGUGGAGCUCUAUCAGCCAGUGGACUGACUUGAUGCACACCAUUUAUCAGUAUGUCCACAUCCUGUCGGGCAUCUUCUUCUACCUCAGCUCUGCAGUCAACCCCAUCAUCUAUAGCCUGCUCUCCACACGAUUCAGAGAGUGUUUCCGGGAAUUGGUGUGCUCCCAGACUGAGGACAGCAGCUCUGUCAGAGACUCCCCACCUUUUCCUAAGAUUUUACUGGAACCCUCCAUUUCUAGUUCCAGAGCUCAGGCCGAUGCUAAAGAUUCCAAUUCUUUCAUUCCUUUGCUGUCUCCUAACAUGACACUGAGUAUGGACACGGCAGCUCUCUCGUGUGCAUGCAAAGAGACAACCUUCAAGACCUCAGUGUUUUGAGAUUGGAUUUAACAAUUUAAAAAAAACAGGUUUACAUUUUGGGAUGGAUAUUUAUUUGCUUUCUUGCAAACAGGCGGCCUUUUUCAUGUGGUAAACAUCAAACUGCUACCAUGAGACAGCUGGCUUCACUUAGCAUAAAGACUGGAAACAGAGGGAAAGAGCUGGGGUUCAUUCCAGUGCCUAUACAACCACACCAUAUAGCAUCCAGAAAAAUAUUUACUAUGUUCCUAUACACAGUGUGCUAAAAAUACAAAAAUAUUCUACUACAUGCUGUCACUUUUGUAGUCUGCCAAGGCUGUUCAUUCCCCCAUAUGGCAUUGUCAGAAAUACAGCCUUAUUUUUAAGAAAUGCAGCAUUUGUUUAUUAGUUAUUGAUGAUCAGAAAUCAUGGCACCAUAGAAUGUGGCCUUUUAAUACAGAUGUACCCACAAACAAAAUGAUCUUGCACUGAGCACAGGCGUGUGAUAUGCAUAUGGACGUUAUGUAUGGAUACACGUGGACCGCGUGACCUAAAUAUGUAGCAGGCAGCAGGAACUCAUAGGACAAGGAAACACCCCCACAAUUUAAUCAAUUGUUUCCUGUAUCAUUUCUGACAGAUAAAUCCCAAUAAGUCCUCAGUGGUCGACGGUGUGAUACCACGAGUAAGUUGUAUGUCCCACAUGCACACUCCAUAAAACAAUAUAUAUUUUGUAUGCAGCCUUAGUGUGGCUCUGUUUGAAGAAAAUAAAAGAGACUAACCUGGAUGUCUUCACCGCUCUUACUAAAGUUUCAGGAGGCAGAAAUCAAGAGAAAGCAAAAACAUGCAGACCUCCUCCUGCAGAUCUCCCCUCUGUCCUUUUUUCUAAGCCCCUCCCAUCACAUUAACACACACGUCAAACUAAAAGUAAACACUGAUUUCAAAAACCCACCUCAAGAGUGAAAGCCCACCAUCUAACCACACUGCACAACCUUAGUGUUGUCUCACUGCAAACUUGUUUGUUGCUAUUUAUGCUGUCUCAUGGGAUUGCUGAAAAACCCCAUGGUAGAUCUUCUAAAGCCUGAAAACCAGCCAUUAGGAAGUACAGUAGUCUAGCUUCUUCUCAGAUCACUUGAAUGGCAUUAUGCUGAAAGAUUAGCGUGGAAUUUUUGCCUAAUGAUGCCAAAAACUGCCUACCUCAACUUUAAUACAUUAUGCUGUAUGCUUUAACUGAACAAGGCUAAAGUGUGAAUACGAAUGAGUUGCAGUGAAACUACAGCUUGAAGUUUUUAUAUUUCAUUAUAUAGAUUGAGCACACAUUAUAGGAUUAUAAAUGAAACUUUAAAGGUGCUGAAAAGUAUGAAACCGUAAAAAAGUUUGGAGUCACUUAGAAAUGUUCUUAUAUUUGAAAGAAAAGCUGUUUUGUUGUUUUUUUUAAUGAAGAAACAUUAUACUAAUCACAAAUACAGUCCAGACAUUGUUCAUGUGGUAAAUGAAUAUUCUGGCUGGAAAUGGCUGAUUUUAAUGGAAUAUCUCUAUAGGGGUACAGAGGAACAUUUCCAGCAACCAUCACUCCUGUGUUCUAAUGCUACAUUGUGUUAGCUAACGGUGCUGAAAGGCUAAUUGAUGUUUAAACAGCCCUUGCGCAAUUAUGUUAGCACAUAAAUAAAAGUGUGAGUUUUCAUGGAAUACAUGAAAUUGUCUGGGUGAGAUCAAACUUUCGAACGGUAGUGUAGAUUUGUAGUUUUUUUUUUACUUAAGGCAGGAGCAAGGCUUGCUCUUUCCUGAUAUGUACAGUCUCUGAGCUAAGCUACACUCACUGUCUCCAUGCUGCAGCUCAUACUUAGAAAUAUCGAUAUUCUCAUAUAAUUCUUGCAAAGGAAGUGAAUCUCCCAAAAUGUUGAACCUUAUCUUACUUAUUACUUGUGUGUAAACCUUGAUGAGUGUUUUCUCUAUCUUUCGUUGCUGUGGAUAAUAUUGUUCAACAGUGCCUGCAUAUUCCACCUGCCGUCUUAUUCUGUAAACUGCCACAUGCCUUAGAGGGUAAAUCCAUUGGAGAAGUGGGACAAUCUGAUCCGAUCCGAAUGAUAACAUUGUUGCACUUGAUCAUUUCUGUUCUUAUUAGAAAAAAUCAAUGUGUUGCUGUGCAGCAAAAGGAACAUAUUUCUCUGUUUUUCAGUGGAAGUUGUUGACAAAGAAUGUAAUGCUUCGCUGUGAGCUCGUCCUAAUCUUAUUUGGUCUCUUGUUGCAUGGCCAGCCAUCAUCUACAGGAUUUGAAUGACUGGUAAGCUCUUGUUCCCUGUGAUUGCAAAGAUGAAAACUGAUUAUUGCUAUCGUGCAAUGCCUAAUUUAAAAACUAAAUAAAUGUUAUGUGGCUAUA